AUGCCCAGCAUCUUCGCCUACCAGAGCUCGGAGGUGGACUGGUGUGAGAGCAACUUCCAGCACUUGGAGCUGGUGGCCGAGUUCUACAACACGUUCAGCAAUGUCACCUUCUUCAUCUUUGGGCCUCUCAUGAUGUUUCUGAUGCACCCAUAUAUCCAGAAACGUUCCCGCUACAUUUAUGUCAUCUUCAUCCUCUUCACAGUUGUAGGUCUGUUCUCUAUGUACUUUCACAUGACACUCAGCUUCCUGGGCCAGAUGCUGGAUGAGAUCGCUAUUCUGUGGCUGCUGGCCAGUGGCUACAGCAUAUGGAUGCCCCGCUGCUACUUUCCUGCCUUCCUAGGAGACAACAGGCCCCAGUACAUCUGCCUGGUCAUCACCGCCACCGUGGUCAGUACCUUCCUGUCCUUCCUGAGGCCCACGAUCAACGCGUACGCCCUCAACAGCAUUGCCCUGCACAUCGUCUACAUCGUGGCCCAGGAAUAUAAAAAGACCAGUAAUAAGGAGCUUUGGCAUCUAAUCGAGGUCACCAUGGUUUUAUGGGCUUUUGCGUUUACUAGCUGGAUCAGUGACCGCUUGCUUUGCAGUUUCUGGCAGUGGAUUAAUUUCUCCUACCUGCACAGCAUCUGUCUAUACUCCAGACAUGAAACCAGAAUCUCUGAAGGUGGGCCUCGGGCACUGGUAUUUUUUGAAGCUCCUGGAGAGACAUCAAUGAACAGGCAGGGCCCUAUACCAGGACCUGGUCUUCAGUUAUUGGAGUUAAUAACUGUGGAAGAUGGUAUAUUUUCCAGAAUGGCUGCAACCACAUCUCCCAUUCCACAUGUUCUUACAAUGUGA